AUGGCCAGCCUUUCAAGCAAAGCGGCACAAAGUCACCAUGCCGCAAGCAGUGUGUGCAAAGAAUUGAUCAACUUGGCUGCACCGGACUCUGGAGCUGUUCGAGUUGUCUUCUGCGAGGCCGAGGAUGCCCAGGUGUCUGAUGUGUACAGCUUCCUGGGAAGCAAAAGGCUGGUAGAUCCAGUCUUGCAGGGCGAUCAUGCAGUUCUUUGUUGCAUUGGGAAUUCUGCGCUGGGGUUGCAGCUCAUGGGAGACCUCUUCCGUGCUGCAGCUUCUGACAUGAUGAGUGGAGCUGAGAAGCUCACAUCUCAGAGGCUCUUGCGGCUCGGAGUAUCCUUGCUGUGCCAAGAGGAGUCUGAGCAAUCAUGGAUAGACGCUAUCUCUGGAAAAAACAUUGACCCAUUCAUGCUGGAUGACAACGCCUUCGUUUGCACUAGUCAGCCCCUCCAGCAGAAUCUAGAAGUGGUUGAGCAGUGCAUUCAACGCAAGGCAGCUGCAGCCGCGUCCUGCACUGCAGGCUCCCAGCACUUUGCCUUGGAGCUGUCAGCUGCUCAUGCAAAUGAGAUGGGUGCUUUGACGGUUCUAUUUCUUGCGCUGCCUGCUACGGCGGUUGAACCUCUGGAAGUACAGUCCUUGGACGCUGUUUGCAAAUUUGCAGCGUCAUUGCGCCCCGUGGGCGAUGUAGUUGGGAAGCCACGAACGGGAUUUGGCCUCAAACCUGCUUAUCCCAAAUCAAGCAACGGUCUCAUCCUAGUCCUCACUCCUAAAACGAGCCCAGCGGGUGAUCAAUCCCUUACUUCACAUCUGGCCCUUGAAUGUGCAAAGCUAGCGGAGGAUGCCAUGGCAGUGUCAGACAAAGAACUCCGACACAAGCUGCCGAUAGUACCUGCGCUUGUAGCAUACAAGAUGCAGCCAUUUGGCCAAGAUGUCAUUGCAUGGGGAGGCUCAGAUACCGCUGAUGUUUCUGACGCAGCAGGUAUGCCAACCGCACCUGCAGAAUCAACAGUUGCCGCAUCAGUCACAAGCACAUCACAGCCAGUACAACAAUCGCAACCAUCACAAUCUUCAUAUGCUCCAAUUACGCCGCGAGUUUCUAUAUCAGUGUGGCAGAAGAUCGCGGAGUUGGACAGCUUUGAUGUUGAUGCAUGGUGCAGAGAUAUGCAGCAGCACGGGCGAUCGUCUUCCGAUCAAAUCAUGGAGCUUUCAAAGAUCGUGACCCAGUUCCAAGAUCUGCUUCGAUUUCUGGCCAGUCAGGUGCUUUCACCAAACCAUGGAAACACUGGGCCGCGGGAGGCACACGGGGAAUCGCUGCGUGAAUCUCAAGAUUCCAUGGUUUCCCCAAGACUGAUCGCCAGUCCUUAUGCUACAACUCCUUCACGACAAGUCCUACCGGCUCAUGGAACGCAUAGCCUUGCAUCCACAGGAAAUCUGGUGGCACUGUCACCAAGAAAUCCCACAGACCGACGUGGGGAGAGCCUUAGCAGUUCUCCAUUGACGCGGAGCUGCUCCGCAAACUACCCGGUGGGGUCAGUGCUGCAACAGAAGGGAGGCACUUGGAGUGGUCUGCGAGAGGUUCAGUCACCAAAGACUUUGACCAGGGACCUCUCGCCUGCAGAGCUUCGCAUGUUGAAUGCAUCUUCGCAGCCACUUCCGCCAGGAAACUUGCGGCACCAAUGUGUGCAACCAGCGAGCCCGUGGCAAUCAACGCUGAUGUCGGUUCCAACUGCUCUUAUGGCUCAAUUGCAUCCUGGGGAAGAGGUACAUAUUUUACGAUCCCCCAGGACGUCGCAAAAGCAGAGCUCAGGUGAGGGGCAGCGGUCACCCAUGCCCCAGCCGCCUCAGUUUGCCAAGGCACAUCCUCAUUCUGCAAGAGCUGCCUCUGGAAUCGUUUUUGUUCCUGGCCAACCAGUACCCAGACCACAUCCUGCACGAAGCCCCACAGAAAUGAGCGGCAGCAAGCUGCGCUGGGAGCCUUCUCCCUAUCGAGUGCGAUUCAUGUCAGCUUCCCAGCCUCAGGUUCAGCUGGCACCUGGAAGCACAGCUGUGCCCCGUCCACUUGGUCCCCAGGUGAUGCCUCCGGCUCAUCAUGUUGCUUUAGGUCAUCAUGUCGGAGAGUUUCGUGCAUGCGCUGGUGUGUCACACAGUGUGUCCCCAGCAAAGAUUGUUUGA